AUGGCGGACUCCGAGGACGAAGAUAGCUCCCUGAAUCUUACAGGGUUUUUAUUUGGAAAUAUCAACGAGAAAGGAGAACUAGAAGACACAGAGAUAUUAGACGAGGUAAUGAAUGUGUCACUCCAGACUCCUGAAUGGAUUAUAGCUCAAAAAAGAUGUGCAGUAAUAUCAAUUUUCUCCAUUGUAGCGAGAAUGCCGAGAAAAACAAUCCGUAAACAACAAGCUAUUCAGUUUUCACAGUACCCUUACUAGCAGAUUUUCCUUCGAUUUUCCUCUUCUAGGAAAGUUAACAGGAACUCUGUCUGCAGGAUAAAAAAAAGUUACCAUGUUGAUGCUAAAGGCAAGAACUUGCAGUGGAUCAACUUCCCUUCCAUAUUAAAUACAUAGCAAACAGCCAACAAAUUACGUGCAUGUGGCCAGUUUCCACGUGAACAGUAUUUGAGCAGAUUUAGGCCUGUUUCAAACAUCGUGCUACUGCUGGUCUAAGUUGCCUUCAGCACGACCCUAGCACUACUGUAAGACGACCUGGUUUCAGACGUGGAAUUUAACUCAGUCGAAUAAAGUAAAACUAUGUUGCAGAAAACAAAACUUAAAAAAUAUUAAGCAAUUUAGUGAACUUUGUAAAUUUAUUCUAAUGUAUUUAUUAUUUAUAAAUUGAGUUCGGCAUGGCAGUUGCAUGUGCUUCAUAGUGCCGUGCUUAAGUCAAAUUGAGUUCAGCAGGGCAGUAGCACGACAUUUGAAACAGGCCUUAGUGGUCCACUGCUCCAUUUGUUGGGACCCCAUACAGUGCUGUCAACUCUCCCAGAUAAUGUGGGAGAACCAGGUUUUGGACCAUAUCUCCCGGUCUCCAGAUUAGAGUAUGAAAUCUUCUGGAUAAUUGCUGAACGUUUGCCAUUUCUUGUAGACUCGACUUUCCGACAAUGGAAUUUCAAAUAUUUUGCAUUGUUUAAACUAUUAUUUUUAAUGUUAACGUUGAACGUUUCCUCACANUCCAUUUGUUGGGACCCCAUACAGUGCUGUCAACUCUCCCAGAUAAUGUGGGAGAACCAGGUUUUGGACCAUAUCUCCCGGUCUCCAGAUUAGAGUAUGAAAUCUUCUGGAUAAUUGCUGAACGUUUGCCAUUUCUUGUAGACUCGACUUUCCGACAAUGGAAUUUCAAAUAUUUUGCAUUGUUUAAACUAUUAUUUUUAAUGUUAACAUUGAACGUUUCCUCACAAACUCCGGUAUGCUAUUUUAAUAUAACGUUUUUCUCGAACGUUUUGCCUCACCGCAAAUAUUCGAGACAAUCGGAGUCAAAGAGUGUUUUCGCACAAAUGACAUCAUGUGCCGUGCAUUAUCACGUCAUCUAUCAUCCCUUCCAUGUCAACUCUCAAUAUUUGUAAAUGUCAGGGAUUGACAGCCCUGCCCAUAGUUCCACAACUUUCCCCAAAAGUUACAUUUCUGACGAUUAUUGCAGGCUACUGAAUCAUAUUUGUGAACAACACUAAAGGGAACUCAGCUUUAAUUAACACUAGAUGUUGCUUUAUUUUUAGGAAUCCCGGCGUCAUCUUGCUCAGCUGAGUUCUCUAAGUGGGCUUGGAAGCCUUGUCCAAGAUAUUGCAGAAGAAGGAAACUCACAGAGUCAAGACUUCACGCCCCUCAGUGAAUCAAAUAGCAGUAUGUUACAGUUUACUUGCAAAAGAUCCUUAGAGUGGUAGAAAAAAUCUAUAGAGUUGUAUUCUAAGUUAAAUGAUGGUCCUAGAAUAAAUACCAUGAUGAAUGAGGAAAUUGUAAAUAUCCCCCAGAAAAACGGAAUAAAAACCUAUUCAAAAAAGUUAUGAAGCCAAAUAAUUUUGAUUGAAGCAAAUCGUGAUUUUACCAGGCUUAUAAAUGCCAGCAGGUCGUAACCUUUCAUCCCUACAAUAAUGUUUUUUGUCAAUUCUUGUUUGUUGCUGCAGCUUUGCAUUUGCUAUAGAAGUAGUGUGGAGAAAUUUUUAAAGUAUCAGUUAAAUUCAUCUUAAUUCUCAUGACUGCUCUGUUUUAUCAAGCACUGAUAUAAACGAGGGGAAAUUCAGUACCGAUCACUCUUUGAGAGAAAACAGUACAGCAUUACAGUUUAUGUAUAUUGUAUUCACUGUUGUGUUCUUUGCUAUGAAAUGAAUCCUUUACACUGGUGUUACUCACUUUGUAUUUUUUACCCUACUAAGGUUGGAUUCAGAAGGAUGCUAGUGCUACAGAUUACAGCGAUAUUAAUGAGUUAGCAGAGGAAGAUGAGGAGAAGUACUACAAACAUGCAGCUGCCACUAUAUUCUCCCAUAAAAAAGUUACCACUUCUGCUGGUGAGAAGUACAGGCUGAUUAAUCCUCAUUUUCUUUUCUUUUUUUUCUUUUUUAAACAUCUAGCUUAAGGUGAUAGGGCAUAGUUUUUCUUUCAGGCUAUAUUUAAUACCAUUCUUGCAUUAAAAGUAUAUCUGAAUUUAGAGUUACCUUUAAUGGAAUUGACCAUAAUAUAUUUUAUUUUUCAUUGAACUUAAUCUUUCAGAUGAUGAUUAUGACUAUGACGGUGAUGACGCAACUGGCAAAAAUGAUCAAGGUUUUCCAGUUCUUGCCUUUAUACUUGUUUUAAAUUAAACCCCAGUGUUCUGUGUAAACAGUGUUACAUACUAAUUCGAUUAGGCUUCCACACAUUCCAUUAGUUUCAUCCAAAGUUGUAGCUGAUCUUAUUUUUGCUUUGGAAUCUUUCUCUUACAUUAUCAAAAUUUGUUAAUGUAAGGGAAAGAUUCCAAAGCAAAAACAAGAUAAUAUUCCAUAUUUUGUUAUUAACACAAUUAAUUGGUAACAGGAGUUCAUGUCAUACGAUUCAGCGGUAAUCGGGCUCGUAAUUUAAAAUCGGCCCAGUGUAUAAAUUACUCGCCCGAUUACUCCCUGAAUUUGCACUAAGUCCUAUUACCGUUACUAAUGCUCUAACUUGGCCCAUACAACCCAAGUAUGUGUUGUAACAUUGGCUUUUGUUAUACCAUGUUAGCAAAUGGUAGCAUACUCUUACCCACUGUGGCUCCUGCAGCAUCCACAUUAUCCAAAGAAGAACAAGACAGAUUGGCGAUGCCGCCCCCACCUGCUCCCCAAACAUCUGUCUCCCCAGCAGGGGAGGGUGCGGAAGUUACUGCUGAUGCGGGUAAAGGCCUGGACACCCCUUUGGCCAAUACAAUUGGUGCUGGUGAGUUCUGUGCUUUACUAUCAGUCAUCAGGCAAUAAUUUUGUUGAAAUAAUAGUUGGUGGUCAUUGUGAUAGUGUAUCAGUGUAAUGUGAUCCCUUAUUAAAGUUACUGUAGAAUAUUCGAUCACCAAUAUCUGCUUUAGGCCCGGUUCAGACCCUGAUUUUUUCAUGAGCCAAACAUAAUACAUUGAAUUAAGUACAUGAAAAGUUCGGCAUCUGGAUCGAUCAGGAACACCUGUUCAAAUUUGGAACGGCUCAGCUUUUCUUUUCGCCUAGCCCAGCCAGGAUUUCGCUUUUGAAGUGACUUUGGAACGGCUUUGAUUCAGACCCAGAAUUUUUCAUUUACUGAACCUAAUGCAUAAAUGGUUAUAACGUAUUUUGCAAGCAGUUUGACCGAAAUGAGCAUUGUUCACCUUUUGAACUUAGUUCAGCUGCAAUUUAUUAAGAUUGGCAUCUGAAUCAAUUCAGCCGGUCUAAAUAAUUUGGGUUGGCCUUAAUUCGAAUUAGGUUCGGCUCAUGAAAAGUUCGGCGUCUGAACGGGGCCUUAGUAUUAUCAGUGUUCUCACCAGAAUUUUGUGAUUUGUGGCCCAGUGGUCCCAGGCCUUGAAGUUUCUGGGCUAUUUAAAACAAAUAAUAGUUGCUACAGUUCUGCACCCAGUGGCCCUUAAGGACUUUUUAAGUGCGCCACUUCUCUAAAAAGUGUUCGAAUCCCGCAAUGGCACAGUCUGGUGACAACACUGUGUUAUACACCUAAUUCCAAAAAAAAGUUGUAAGUAUUAUAGAAUAUUUAUUUAUAUAUUCAUGUAUAUCUGUAUUGUUACUAUAAUAAGGCCUUAUAUUAAGGUAAAAGUUCAUCUGAGUUCCGCAGAUGCAGUAGACAGAAAGAGGGCAAGUAAAUUUGCCACCAUUUUUGAAUAUGUGUAUGAGGAGGUCAAUCAAGUGGUUUUUUGUCAUUACAUUGUUCGUAGAGUUCAAUAACAGUAAAUCUUAUUUCUUAUUGAUUGUGUGGAGGCAGUCAUUAGUCAUGGUUUCAACUGUAAUUAUGUAUUUAAACUUGUGUUUUAUUGCUUAAACCUAAUUUCACAAUGAUUAUUAGUUUUACUUUUUUCUCUUGCUAUAUUAACAACUCAUUUCUCUCACUGAAUUUCAGAGCUGUUAACCAAGGAAGGCAAGCUCACAACUCAUGAUGGCAAAACAGUUACUGAUCUGUUUCCAGAGUUCCGCCCUGGCCAGGUAUUGAGGUUUUCACGUCUUUUUGGACCCGCAAAAGCAUCAUCUUUGCCACAGCAGUGGCGGAAUGCCAAGAAAAGAAAGAAAAAGAAAAAGAAACAGGGGGAAGAUGAAAAUACUGUGAUUGAACCUCCUAAGACGCCACCCAGUCCUCGUCCAGAAGACUGUAUGUCGGAUGAUGAGGUGAAUAAUGUUAUUGUUGUUGUCAUAUCUUUAUCUUUAAGAACUUUUUAUCUUUAUGAAAAGCAUAAUAAUGAACAAUUAUUGGACGAGGUUGAACAAAAUAUCGUGAUUUGUCUGUGGUGAGCAGGUCAAUAAUUAUUUGCCAAAGCCGAAGGCUGAGGCAAAUAAUAAAUUAUUGAUCUUCGAGACACUGACAAAUCACGAUAUUAAUUUUUGUGAUAACCAAGUUCAAUAAUUGUUUUAUCAUUCGAUCACCGAGUUUGUUUUUUUUAAAGAAUAUUCUUGGGAAGUAAAGCGAUCUGCCAUUUUCACGCAAGAGUGAUCGCAAGAAGGAGAAAAGCAUGGUUUCCUUUACGCAUGUGCAGAAUAUUAUUUGUAGCCAAACACAGUUGGACAGCAUUGCGCAUGAGCAAACCAUUAUUUGUAGGCAGUUAUUUGCAGGUCAUGUGGUGGGCUCUUGGCCAAUGAAAAAAAAGAGAAAUUUGCUUCGAAUGAUAAUAGCAAUUAUUAUUAUUUUUAUUGUUAUUGUUAGAGGGAUUUCCAUAUGACUGUAACAAGCAUAAGAUUUCUGAAAAAAGGAACCUGAAUACUCUGGAUUUUUGCCUGUAAAUAAGGUCUUCCAUUCUCGUUAGAGACUAGCUCUUCGAAAGAAUCUCUUGUGACUCCGUUUGUGUGCCACUCACCUGUAGCCUCUCGCAAUAUAUACGGUCCCAUGAAUGGAGAACCUGCGAAUAGAUUUCCUGUGUAGAUCUUGAACCCACAAGCUUCAAUCUGGUCUCCUAACAAUGGCGCCAACAACUACUCAUUGGAAUUGCCCCCAGUCUGUUAGGGAAUUUUCAUAGAAUUAUAAAAUAACAUUCAUGUGCCUUCAGUAUGUGUUAAAUGAGAAUAAUCUGUCGGCUGUUGAUAAACAUAAGCACUUGGGCAUUUGGAUUGAAUCUUCUUUAAGGUGGGACGCUCAUAUCAAUUACAUUGUUGGUAAGGCAAAUCGUGUAUUGGGUCUAAUAAGGAGAACGUUUGGGUCUAAGGAUCCUGUGCCAAUCAAAACAGCUUUUAUCGCUUUAGUUCGUCCUAUUCUGGAAUAUGCCUGCCCAGUGUGGAAUCCAUAUUUGGUUAAACACAUACACAGUAUUGAAUCCAUUCAGCGUCGUGCUACUCAAUUGAUAUGUGGAUCUCAUAAUUCUUACACUGAAAGGCUCACUGAACUAAACUGGUCAACAUUGGAGCUAAGAAGAAAAUACCUUUGCCUGGUUCAACUUUACAAGAUAAUUCAUGGCUAUUCUGAUAUUGAUUAUACCACAUACAUGGAUCUGACUGGCCCGACAAGAACUAGAAGAAACCAUGACUUUAAAAUCAGGCCUAGAGCAGCAAGGACAAACUAUUUUAAAUUUUCAUUUUUUAAUCGUUAUGUUAAUGACUGGAACUCUUUACCAAACUCCGUUAUGUCUGCUUCUAUUAUUCUCUAUUACUUAAUUAUCUUUGUAAAUAGUCAUAUCUUUAUUAUUUCCUACUGAAUCUGGAUUUUCUUCUUUAUUUAAUAUCUAAGUAUUAGUAUUUUAUCUAAGUAUUAGUAUUUUAUUUAAUAUCUAAGUAGUUUAUUAAAGAAAAGGGGAAGGGGAAAGGGAAAAACAAAAACAAAAACAAAACAACUAAAUUUUGUUUUUUUUGUUUGUUUGUUUGUUUUUUUCUCUUAGUAUCACAUGAUGUAUAGAUAUGUAUAAGUUUUCUAUUCUUAAUUGUUUUAUCUUUUCGUUUUGGAGGGCAGUUUUUAUAUGGGAAUUCAGUUUCCCCCUACUGCUUUCCUUUACCUAUUGUACUUUUAUAUAUGUAUAUAUAUUUUUAUUUUGUACAUUGGUAAAAAGAAUUAUUAAACUUAAACUUAAACUUAAACUUUUCUAGGACAAGCUGAUGGCCCCAUGGGAGCCAGCAACUGAUGAACUAAGGGACAUCAAUGGUGACUGGAAUGGUAGUGGUGUUACAGAUGUUCUCAGUAAAGAAAUCUGUCAGUGGAGGCAUGGCCCAGCUGCACUGUGGUAUGAAAUGCUUGGGGUGAAUGAAGAUGGAACAAACUUAGACUAUGGAUUUAAACUCGAAGAGGUGAGAAUGGAGAUAAUGUUUCUCAAUGGAGUUAUUUUAGAUCUUUCCUGCAUCCAACACCACUGAGUACACCAGCGUGCAAAGAAAGUUGUGUCCGAUAGCACGGGGCUAGUGGAUUUUGCUAUUGGGCGAGUGAUUUUUGUUCUUAACUUGCCAGAUGGGUAAGUGCUGUUUUUUUGGGAAAAUUCAAAUUACAGAAGGAUUGUAAUCAAUCCUGCUAAUCAAAAAGGAUUCUGGGGCUAGCUGAAAUGACUUGUGGGCUAGUACAUGCUAGCUACAGCUUGCCCAAAUGGUAGGCUUUAAAACUGACUUUCUUUGCACCCUGUACACGCAAUGAUGUAAGUCACAAAUCAAGCUACCUGGUAUUCUUUUUUGUUACUUCGAAACAUCAAAUUGGUGCCUUUGUUCACAGUCUAUUGCAUGAAGAAGUAAUUUUCUUUGGUAAAGGUCACUGAUACGUGAUUUUUAACUUGGAAGCUGGUUCAAAGCAGAGUUUACAAACUUACAGUAGUUGCUUUUUAAUUUCAUUUGUAGAAGCCAGAAGAUGAAGAAGAUGGUACACCAAGUCCUAAAUCCCCUGUCUCCCUGCCUGCUGAAGACUGCUUUGAAAUGGUAUCACAGGUCAACUGGGAGGAGGACAUUAUUUGGUCGCUUGAUAGCGUGAAGCCAAACCUCCAAGCACAAGCAAGGGCUGGAUGGAUACCUACUGCAACUACACGCACAGCGCAUGCUUAUGCCCUGCAACAGGAACAGCUUUUGCAACAACUGGGUAUGAUAAGUUGAAUAUAUUGCACCAUGGCAGCAUGAACAAACAUUUAUUGCUUAUAUUGCAUGGUAGAACUUAUCCGGUCCCUUUGAAGGUUCUUUAUAGUUUUAUUGUGGGAUAUCGACCCUGAUAAAAUACUGAGAAGAAGAAUGUCAAAGGUGUAUUCACAAGUCGGGCCAAAAAUAAUGGAAAUUAAGGUUGCGGAAAUUAAUGCUGCAAUAUUAAUCUAUGACACGGAAAUUAACGUUAACAAAAACUAACGAGACUUAAAUUAACGUGAAUCUUUGAAAUUUGCAUUAAUUUCAGGAAGCAUUAAUUUCCUGUAAUAAGGUAUUCAAGGUCAAGUGCAAUGAAGGGUUAAACACCAGUAAGCUUUCAUUUUGAAGUAUUGCAUAAUAAUAAUGCCAAAAAUUAUGGAGCUGCAGCUCUAAUUGUCCAUGUUCGAUAUAUUAAAAUUCUAACAUAACUCCAAGGCUUUCUGGUCAAGUCUCCUAUGGGAAUUGUGAGACAAUGGAGUUGUGAAAAAUUUGCAAUUUUGACCCUAAAGCCUAGGAGUCAUCUUAGAAUUUUAAUAUAUCAAACAUGGGCUAUUAGUUAUCUUUUUUUUUGGUUACUUACAUACACUGUAGGUGUGCGACAUCCAGGGAUAGAGACGUUUCUGAAAAACACCACAUCUGCAAUUAAAGCAAAUCUGAAUUUUCAGAAUCAGAAAACAAAAACAGGAAUGCCUGGAGAGGAAAAGACAGUAGAGGAAUCUGCAACAUGGUAUUCAAUUUUCCCAGUGGAAAAUACUGAUCUUGUUUAUGGUAACUGGGAGGAUAAAAUCAUAUGGGACUCAGAGGUAUUAAAUAUUUCAAUAAUAUUAUUGUAUACAUUUGAUUCAAAAAUAAAUCUGACUGAUAAGAAGGAAAUAAUAGAUAGGCUUACAUUUUAGUUUCUCCCAUCAAUAAGAUUUUAAGUUCAACAGAAGGGCAAAUGACUCAUACCUUCUGGUAGCCUGGUGAUGCAUAUAUACAUACAUAAACUUUUGUUUUACCUCAAAUUUAAGGGUAGUUAACGAGCUAAUAUCUUUUAAGAAAAAUUCCAUAAUUUCUGGAAAUUUUUCCAAAUAUACUUGAAUGUUGUUGAUAGACUUCAUGAAUAUUGCUUUUCAUAAAACUUUUUUUUCUCUAAGAUUUCCAACAAUUAAUUAUCCCAGGAUGUUUUCAUUAUGACAGCAUUUAAACCAACAACAAUUUGAUAUCUUGAGAUGAAUCACAAUUUAAUUUUUUUAGUAGAAAUCUUCACUUCAAAUUCCAUUGUUACUUACAAGAGCUGUAUAUGUUUUUGUUCCAGAACAUGUCAUCAAUACCAUCUCCUACCAUCAUGCAGCUAGAUCCAAAUGAUGAAAACAUAAUUCUGAGUAUUCCUGAAGACUCUGGGCCACUAGCAAAGGACAGUGCUUUAACGCUUACUCCAAAAAAGGUGUUUAAUAAGGAAUACAAAAUAGUACUAUUGUUGUUGUUGUUGUGUUAAUAGUACAUGUAGGAAACAUUUCUUCAUUUUGUAACCAUUGAGAAAGAGUAGUUGUAAAAAAAAAUAUGUUAGUAGUAACUUGGCAGCACACAGCUGGAUAAAAAUACCUCUUGAGUCUGUUGAAUGUGACAUCAAUGAUAAAAUAUUGUUUUACACCUUCUAGGAAACUAAGAAAUCUAAACUUUUGCUUGGAAAGAACAACUCUAAAGAGGAUGGUGAUGGGGGAGAAAAGAAGUCCCAAGACCAACAAAAAGACAAGUUUAAUCUAUCAAAUGAUGAGUACUACUGUGCUAAGAACUGUAAGUAUAAUGUUGUGAAGCUGUAGUGUCAUAUGUAGUGCAUUGCAAGCAGAGGUUUCUUUCAAUUAUGAAUUUUAGCUCGUGCAGAUUUGUUUAUGAGGGGAGAGCGACAUGAAAGACUCCGCCAAUGCUAAAGGCUGGAAAGAAAUCGCUGCUUGUAGGGGGUGUAAACAAGCCAAUUAGGUAAAUGACAGCGAUGUGAACAACUCUGCACAUGCUAAAAGCCAUGCCUGUAAGAAACCCCUGCUUGUAGGUUACAUUUGUGCAUGAUUUUCUGAAGAUUUUCAAAGAUGUUGCAAUAAUAAAUUGCAGUAAAGUUUCUGUGACGUUUACUUUCUCAGGUGCAAAAACCACAACCAACAGUUCAUUAAAAACAUAUAACAACUGAAUUUUGUUCUCUUUGCAGCUUCAGAAUCUUCUCUGGAUACCAGUGGAGGAUCUAACCUCGUACAGGUAAGUUAUAUGGUUGAAUUUUAAGAUAAAAACACCUUUUCAGCUAGACUAUUGAAUUGCCAUUCAAAUUUACUAAAAAAUGUUUUCCACCCACCAUACAUUCAUUGGUUUCAGAAGUUUGCACAAAGUAAUAAAUUGACAUUUUCUUCCCUGUUUUUUUAAUGUAUAUAAUUCACGGUUUUAUGAUAUACUUUUUAUUUUUCUCUCUUUUAAUUUUUUUUAAAUUUAUUUUCUUUUUGAUUUUUGCUUGUCAUUCCUAUUUUGUUUUUCUUUCCAUUGCUCUAGGAAAAAUUUUGCAAUGACAAUAUUGAAAAUUAUAAUGCAGGUUUAAAAGAGGUUGCAUGCGAAAGAAAGACAAGUUAAGGUUUUUAAUCAAAUUCGGCGGCCAAAUUAGUAACAUUCGCCAAGUUCAAGGGACUGGCAGCAUUACAAGAGGUACCUAGAUCAUGGUUUUACAAGGGCAGUUUAGCCUUUUUUUUAGCUGCCAUUGAGUAAAUACUCCAUAAUGAUUGAUUUCCAAGUAUUUUUCACAAUAAUUUUUUCCUCCCUCAGCAUUCUUUACCUGCAAUAGAACUUCAACGGCCUUACUUUCCGACCUACAUGUCUGUCCUUGACCUGCGCAAUUUUCAUCGCCCCCUUCUUCAACGUAUUAGUCAUGGGACAUUGUCUAAACCAGGCAGACAUGCUGUUCAUGGGCUACUUAAGCACAUAAAGAAGAAAGCAAGGGUAAGAUACUCUUUUCACACAUAAUUUCUAGUUUGACUAAUGUUCUCAUUGACAUUUCUAUUAUCUGUUACGCUGCUGAUUACAGAUCACAUGUGCUCAAAAAACUUUCUUAUUCAGUUUUCCAUUAUUCUGGUUGUUUGUUUUAGUGCCCUCAUUACAAAUAGUUGUUUUUUUCUUUACUUUAGCAUGUUUUUCCUUUUUGCUUUGCAGUCAAACCAAUAAAACCGUGAACACUAGAAAUAUAUUUCUGAAAUAAUAAUUUGUUGCAAGGAAAGAGCCAAUCGGGCGGAAGAAAACUAAACCGCAAGCAACAACAUCAAUUAUAUAAUAAGUUUGUGGUUUUGUGGCUAGCGCACUUGUCUUGAUCUUUGCUGUGAUUGGUCGUAACACAAAAAACAUUACUGGAAUGUUUUAAUUACUAAUGGUUUUGUGUGUUGCACUGUAUUAGUGAAAGAGAAAAUUGGCAUUUUCUCCAAAUUCAACCCUCCUAAUACAAACACUCUGUUGAUAUGGACAAUUUCUAUGUCCCCCCCCGUCCACCCAUCCAGUGUUCAUAUUAACGGGGUUUAACUGUAUUAUUUUUCUGACAGAUCAGUUUAUAUUAAUUUGCAGGAACGUGAGAAAGAACGGUUAGCAUCAGGGGGAGGUGAGAUGUUUUUUAUGCGGACACCCGCUGAUGUGACGGGGAGUGAUGGCAGCCUUGUGUUAUUUGAAUACUGCGAGGAGUAUCCACCUGUCAUCAUGGCAGUGGGAAUGAAUGCUAAAGUGCGGAACUAUUACAAGAGGGUGAGUGGCAGCUUGGCUAGCACUUUUUGCCAGAUGUGUUGUACAUAUAUUAGCAUUUCUGUGUGAGUGUUUGUGUGUCAGUGAUAAGACUAAAUUCGUGAGAAUCCCAUCUGAUUAGAAGUAUUAUGAUGGUUUUAACUCCAUUAUAACACUUUAUAGAAAAAGAAUUCAAGUAACUGUGAUUCGUUAGGGCAAAAUUCUGUAUUUUUUACUAUCCAAUGUUGCAUAUGUUUUCAAAUUUUAAAGUUAGUCAGGAAAAUGUUAUCGUAUCAUCCUUCAGUGUUCCAAGAGAAAAUUGAUGUACUUAAAGGAAUACCCACAAUGACUUCUCCACAAAGUUCAAACCAAGUACUUAUCAAAAUUUCCAAGUUGGAUGAUUCCUAUGUGACAUGUUUUAGUUGAAAAAAGACUGCAAUCACAGACGGACAUGCUCAAAAGAUUUUCUCAUAACUGCGAGUGACUGACUGACUGACUUUGGGCUGACUGUGCAUCUAACAGACGUCUUUAUUAACUGUUGCCUUUAGAAACCUGGCAAGGAUGAAAGUAUGCCAGCAUAUGAAUAUGGUGAACCAGUUCCAGUUCAUCAGACAUCACCAUUUCUUGGGCAGCUAUCUCCAGGAGAAUUGCUACAGGUUGGUCUCCCAACAAAUUCUCCUCUGAAGUACAUUCGACUCUCUCUUAAUGGACACCUCGGUAAAAAGGACACCCAGAGUUGGUCCCUGCCUUUUUAUACUCCCUUUAUUUGACUCUCUCUAAGACGGACACCUCUGUAAAACGGACACCUAGAGUUGGUCCCUGCCUUUCUUUACUCCCUUUAUUUGACUCUCUAUAAGACAGAUAUCUUUCUAAGAUGGACACUUCAAGCUGGUCCCAAAGGUGUCUGUCGUAGAGAAAGUUGGCUUUAUAACACUACCUUUUAGUCUCAGUUAAUCCCUGUUCACGGAAGCAAGCUCUUUCCUUCUAAUGUAAUUUGCCGAGUUUGUGCAGGAGUGGCAAGCAAGGGUCCCUAAGAGCCUGCUACUGGUUAAUUUCACCUGCUGAAAAAGACCCUCAGAUUGCCAAGGAAAACAAAAAAGAGGGGAAAUUUUGAAGGUGUAGUUGGGUAAAUGAGACGGCUUCACUAAUAAAUUAGUUUGCUUAGCUUUUCCUCAGCUACAUCCCUGGGGUGGGGCUGGGGUGAAACCUCUCACGUCCCAUCCAUGUUCCAGUAUUUUUUCCUCUUGAGUUUGUGCCCCAAAAAAGUGAGUGCCCCCAAGGCCAAAAGCUUGCACUUGGAAAUGUGUUAUCAAAAUGAGGAAAAAUUGACUCUGGAAAAAAAAAAGAGAACUACAUUUUGUCUGAAUGAAGUGACAGGCAUUAGAAAAAGUGCUAAAGGUUUCUGUUUUAUUAAUCAUCGUGGGGUUUUUAUUUCUGUUUAAGGCUUUGGAGAGUAACUUGUUCCGAGCUCCCAUUUACCAGCAUGAGUUACCAGAGACUGAUUUUCUGAUCAUUAGAACUUCCUCUGGGUAUGUAGACAUGCUUCAUUAUGUUACUGAAUCAAUAUGAAAGGUUUCUAAUUAAAUCUUGUCAGGCAAUUUUAUGCAUUCAUCACAUUACUUUGCUUGAAGUAGUUUUUUAGCUUUAAAAAAACAUGUUAACACUUAGAGGAAGGUAACAAAGUUCAAUGUGAUUUCGUUAAUAAUAAAAAGGUAUAUUUUUAUGUCAGUUGAUCUACAAAUCUGUAGGGCUGAUUACAUGUUUUUUUUUUCAUUAUUAUUAUGUAGGUAUUACAUUCGUGAUGUGAAGACGAUAUUUACUGUUGGACAGGAAUGUCCCAAAUUUGAAGUUCCAGGCCCUAACUCCAAAAAAGCCAAUAUUCAUGCCAGGGACUUUCUGCAGGUUUGUGUCUCGAAGUUUAAAUCUGCGUUUCCUUUUUUAACUUAACGCCUGAAUUUUGUUUUUUGGCUGGCAGUAGAUCAUCAAGGGCCUUACAAAACGUUUUCUUUAUUAACCAUGUUUAAAAUAAAUAACACCGAGAGGUUUCAUGAAGGAAUAAAAUUAUGAAGUGGUUUUAUUUUUCCCUUAGAUUUUUAUUUACCGUCUGUUCUGGAAAAGCCCUGAUACACCCAGAAGAAUCAAAAUGGAUGACAUUAAGAGAGCCUUCCCUAUGCACUCGGAAAGCAGCAUCAGAAAACGGCUCAAGCUCUGUGCUGAUUUCAAGAGAACAGGUUGGUUAACCCUUUCACUGCCAGAGUGUUUGAUGGAGUUUUGUAAGGUGACUCUAACUUUUGAGUCUGUGGACGAAAUCUCAUAAUGUGACCAUUCAAAUGAAAGCUCUCUCCCUGUACUGUCACAUUCUGCUAUUUGUUUGUCAAAAGUUUAGAAAAUGAAAUUUGGAAAUUUGGUCGAAAUUUGCCUUUGGCCACAUUUGGCAGUGAAAGGGUUAAUAGUCGCUACUCUGCCGGUCUUGUUCCUUCCCUAGAAGAGACGGAUCAUUAAACGUUUCUAGGAAUUUGCCCACCUACCCCUCCCCUAAGCAAACAUUAACACUUACUUCUCAUUUAGGGCAAAAUAUUGGCUUAGGGGAGGGGUAGGAAACGUAUAAUUUCCGGGGAAGGGGCACGGGCACAUUUCCCGAACAGGGCUGCUAAUUGAGCCUAGUCGGUAAAAUGCGAUUUUCAUAGUGCACAUAUCGAGAGCGUGGUAGAAAUAUGUUGAGUGGAUCAAUCAUGACUGACCAAUCCAGAGUAAAAAAUUUUUAAACUGUUUUUACUGAGUAGUUGUAUAGUAUACCAUGCUAUCCAAAUAUGGUAACUGUACGCUUCUGCUCAAAAUUAAAAACAAGCUGAAAAUCGGUUGUAUUUACAAAUAAAGUCGGGAAGAAUUCUUUAUAUAUUUUGUGGGCGUUUUUAAUAAAACAAUUAUUCCACUCGCACUUGUUGGAUAUGAGAUGAUUAAAGCCAAAUCGGCGCUACGCGCCUCAUUGGCUCGCUACCAUCUCAUAUCCAACGCGCACUCAUGGAAUAAUUGUUAAUUAUUAUGAAUACGUUGCAAUGGCGUAUAUGCAGUGGGAUGACCAAACAGUUAACAAGUGAUUAAUAAUUUCAGAUUCAGACUCAGAUUCAGACAGUAUGGAGUUCAGUGAGUAUAGUGUAGUCUGUUAUAGUGUAGUAUAGAGGACACCCACGCGGUGAAACAGCUUAACUUAGUAUAAUAAUGUUGUAGUGUAGAAUAGUGAAGUAUAGUCUAACACAGCAUAGUGCUAUCAGUAACAGGUUAGAUACACAGAGUUCGUACAGGUCAUGAAAAACCUAGAAAGUUAUGAACUUGAACAGUUUCAUUUUUCAGGCCUGGAAAGUCAUGGAAUUUAGUUGGCGGUCAUGGAAAAUUAAAGUUAUGUUAGUGCAGAUGUUGUACCAAGGGCAAUGUAAGAUAGAGACGAGUAAUUGAACGGCACGGAUUUUAGUGGACACCAGAGUUUGUGUCUUUGAACCGAAUUACGUUGAAAAAUACCCUUAAAAAGGAAAGUUUAAAAUAUUCCGGUGAAAGUAACAGCUAACCUAACAGCUAACCUAACAGCUAACCCUAAGGUAAUAGAAACCGUGAAAAGUUUUUGGAGAAAGUCAUGCAAAGUCGUGGAAUCUGAAGAGUUCCAACCUAACACAGAGGUCAUAGCCAACUGAUUGUAGGUUCCUACCUGGCUUUUUUUUGGGUGCUGGGUUUCUACCAUUUUGUGGGUGUUUUUUUAUAAAUCACUUAAUUAAGCGAUCCUGGUUAACGGACAAGUGCAAAACUCAAACCGAAUCCCCCACCCCCCUUUCAGGCAACAGGGUUAGGAGGCGUAAUCUAAUGGCUGCUAGUGUCCUUCAUUGAGGUGGAAGUUUUGAUCCGCUUCUUCUGUUCGGAGAUUUUAGAGACAGAGGCGCACGGCUUCAGGUUCUAACGGACCUUAUUCACGAUACCGGCCAUUUUUGCACGGGCAAACAAGGGAGGGGUGCAAACAACUUAUAAAAGCUAUUAAUGCAAGUCAUGGCGUUCGAAUUUUUUCUCUUGAUAAUAGAGAGUUAAAAACUUGAAAUGUUUAACAUAAUCACAGCAAAAUCUGAGUGGAUUUGAUAAUAAUAUUGCGUCUCUCUUUGGAAGCAUCAUUAACGAUCGUAGAUAUCUUAACAAUUUAGCAAUAAUAACCUAAAAAUUACUUGAUUUGUACAUUUUGGAUGUACAUUCCUCUUGUGAGGGAACAACAAACUCGGCUGCGUCCACUUGAAGCUUUUUUCAGUUGUUCUUUCCCCUGAGAAACCAUGCGACCCUGUUUACAUUCUAUCAAUCCUUACGGGCGUGCAAGGAUGGCGGAUGCCGUGAGUAAGUUGUGACUGGCUAAAAUAACUAACUUGUCAUUAAUAUCCGCCACUAACUGGGAAAAACGUUUACCACGUUGCAGGUACUGAUUGUAACUGGUGGGUACUAAAGAGUGAGUUCCGUUUGCCCACUGAGGAAGAGAUGCGAGCGCUGGUGUCUCCUGAGCAGUGCUGUGCAUAUUACAGUAUGCUGGCUGCAGAACAGAGACUCAAGGUAACGCUGCGCACGCGUUGUUACCACGGGCGUUGCUAGGGAGCUUAAGGAACGUCGACGGCAACGAGGUUGGCGAAAAAAAAAGAGGUUAAGAUCAGCAAAAAAAAAAAUCAAUUUUGCACCUGCAUCACUCUUUUUUGUACAUUUCUUUGUUGUCAUUGCAGGAUUACAACGUGAAACCUCCUAAUUUUACGGUUUGUGGAGGACAUGAAUGUACGACAACGAUUUUCUUUUCUUUUUUAUAAACUUAGAUACAGUCUUUAACAGCUGAAUUCUGGAAAAAAAUCGCCAACAAUUGAAAAAUUAAAACAGUGGGAAUAAGAGCGAUGACGUUUGAAACAGUUCGCAUCCACUUUUUUGGUGAAGACUUUUGCUGCCGUUGCCGUCGAGGUUGGCUCUUGUUUUUUUGUUUGUUUGUUUCCUUCUCGUCAGUUGUCAGUUGUUGGCGAUUGGCAUAAAUUCUAUGCUUAUUUUUUUGUUAGUUAUUUUCACGAACAACUUGUUUCUGUUCUGUGUUAACAGGAUGCUGGGUAUGGAGAGAAGUCUCUUUUCUCAUGUGAUGACGACAACGAUGAUUCAGAAAGCAAAAAUAUAGAUGAUGAGGUAAGGACAAUUCAUCUCUUUUGAUUUGAUUUUAAAAUUUCUUUCUUUCUCCUUAAAAACCUGAUGUUUAUUGUUGUUUCGUCUUCUAGGUUCGCACAGCGCCAUGGAACACCACACGAGCAUUUAUUUCUGCAAUGAAAGGAAAAUGUCAGCUGGCUGUGACAGGAUCUGCGGACCCCACCGGAUGUGGGGAGGGUUUUUCGUACGUCCGGGUCCCCAACAAGCCCAUGGCAAACAAGGUAUCAAUUAGGCUACCAUUUAAAAAAUACACCUCUGAGCUCGCAUCUUUUGUUUCCCAAUCUUGGUCAUGUAAUAUUCUCAAGAGAAUUCUUCGUGGAUUUAUAUUGGCAGAAGCUUGCUUUACGCUUGUUUUAUUGGCUUCAAUUGUUAAGACUGGCUCAAUAAAGCACAAACGGUAAAGACAAAAUAACUACUAAUCAAACUCAUCUCAGAAUGACAAGUUCUGGUUUCUUAACCGUCUGUUGUAAAACUGUAACCUGCUCCGCUGACCAAUCACAACGCGCGCAGAAAAUAAAAUGUGCCAAUCAUAUCUCAACUUCAUGUAGCCAGUUUUUUAGGCGGGAAAACGCUGGCUUUUGUUUUACCACUGAUUAAUUGAAAAAGUGGCGCGAGUUUUUUCUGCCAAUCAAAGAGCGUAUAAGACUUUUGUCCCUCAAUAUGUCUUUCAGAAUAACUAUGGCCUCUUUUCUCAAACGACUUUCUUUGUGCUUUCUCAUUGCUCAAAAACUCCUGGUCGUUCAUGUUUUAGCUGUUAUUAUUUUGUGUGUCUAGGAUGAUUCAGCAACGAACUCGCCGCAAAUAAAAAAACAGAAGACAGUAACAGGAACCGACGCUGAUCUGAGAAGAUUGUCUCUUAAACAAGCCAGACAGGUGCUGCGAAACUUCCGAGUUUCUGACGAAGAGGUAAUGGGUUUUCCUGAUCUGUAAUUCAUAAACUGGAGCAAGUGUUGGUUCUAGCUGAUUAGCUUGCUUCCCCUUUUCUCUGCAACCAUAAAAGCGGCAUUAUCUGUUGUCUCUGUGCAGAUCCGCAAGCUAUCCAGAUGGGAGGUUAUUCACGUCGUGCGUACUAUGUCCACGGAAGCGGCUAAGUCUGGAGAAGAAGGUAAAGCAAUGUUGUUGUUGUUGCCGAAGUUGUACCUGGACUCGUCUUCUAUGCAGCCGUCAUUUGGUCCGUAACGCAACGUUCCUCUUAUUUCAGGUGGAGAGCACUGCGUGAUGACCUAAAGAGGGAGCUUAACAGCGAGGACGGCGACGGCCACGAAAACAUCAAUUAAAAAGUGAAUUCGCACUGCUUCAAACUUGAUCGCGCUUAUUCCAUCUUGUUCAAUUUGUCAAAUGUUGGCAAUUUUUUUCUGGAGGUGAAUUCGAAAAGACUGUAUCGAAGUUCAGGAAAAGACAGAGAAAGUCGUUAUCUAGUGUCCUCCACAAAAUGUGAAAGUUUAAAAGUAUUUUCACGUCAUGUGGCGCAGUGAUGGCAAAGAAAUGAACAAAAAGCGUGAUAAACGUGCAAAGUUGUUGUUUGCCGAUCUAAACCUAUUGCAUUUUUCCGUUCUCGUUGACGUCGCUGUCAUCGAUGUUUAAGCUCCCUAAUGACGACUUCGUAGUAGACGAUACUUAAUAUGUUUACGUACUUAUACGAUUGUGUGAUGUACAAGAAAUGCUCUAAGUUUUGAUGAACAAUUUUAGGUAUGAGCAAGUUCGCCAGAGGAUCAAGAUUCACCAUUGCGGAGCACCAAGAACGCUAUAAAGAAGAAUGCCAGAGGAUAUUUGACUUACAAAACAAGUAAAAACAUUUGAUUUUUACCUUCAAUAUAAGUUUUACGCCCUAGGGAACUAUUCCUUUGAAAGCUACUUACUGAUCAGUACUUUCCUGUGUUCCAGUUUGUUAUGCUGUAUAAGGUGGUGUUAGCUUUGGGGUCUUGCGAAAUACAUUAUUACUUGUAACCUUUAAAAUAAGACUCAUUUAUUAAUAUUCAUUAAUUAUUACUAUUCAUCAGUUAUUGAUAUGUACUAUUAACAUUAAUUGUUAUUAGUAUAAGUACAUUAACGGUUUAUUUUUUAAAAAGUUAAUGCCCUCAAUUAAUAUUGUUUCAAUUUAAAGGUGUUCUUUUGUGAGGAAGUGCUGUGUGCAGGUAAAACUGUCGCCAACUGCUUUUCUUUCUUCCUGUUCAGAGUUUUGUCAUCGACUGAAGUCCUGUCUACAGAUGAAGAGAGCAGCAGUGACGAGGGAAGCGAUAUUGAUGAGCUGGGUAAAAACUUGGAGAGUAUGUUAGCAAACAAGAAAACAAGUAUGCAGGUCAGUUUACAACUUCUCUGAACUAUCUACCAUUUAAUAUGUGUGAUGCGGCUGAGGAGAAUGUAUUUCCACGUUCGUUGGUCUUGAAUAGAUGAUUAUGUCAACUCUUUUUGACGACAAGAUCUUCGAUCAUCCUCUUUCAAUUUGUCUGUUUUCGCUGUUUUAUUUAAUGAUAGCCUUCUGUCAAGUCAUGCAUUUUUUCUGAGAUCGGUGGUCGGAAGAGUAAAGCAAUUAACUCAUAUUCGUAAACAUUCUACCACAAGCAAAAUAGACGAGGCCCACUUUAGAAAUGAAGUUAUUUCUCUUAUACAUUUUCAUUUAUUUAAAAGAUCUGAAGUUUUUCUUAUUUAUUCGCUAAAUUUUGUUGGUUUUAGCUGACUCACGAGGAAGAAGAAGCCGAAAGAAGAGAACUUCAAAAGUUACUUAGUGACGAUAAACCAAGCAAAGAAUCCGUAAGUGGAUAAAUAGUUCAGUGAAUAGGAUUUUACUUUUUUUCUAUAACAUUAUCACGCAAAAGCAGAGCGAGAAGAAAUAUUAUCAUUAGAAUCUUUUUUGCGAAGUUUUAAUUGGCUUAGAAUCCAUUACAUCACCUGUCGAUAACUUUCUGUUGCCAAUACUCUGCUGGAGUGCUGUUUUGACCCUGUUUUGGCGACAAACCGACAACUGUAAACAACUUUUACAACUGCACUUUUGGUUUCGGUCUUAACAGACGCAAGUGUGAAGUCUUACUGACUGAAGUGCCGAGUUUUGUGUGUUUAGCAGAUAUUCUGCUUUUGAAACGUUUGAUCUGUUUUGCAGAUUGAUACAUUUUUCUGUUAAGCUUUUUAUCCCUUUUCCGAACAUUCACUGGGGUGCAACUUUUUGUUGUUACUUUAUAACUUUAUAGUCGUAUUUUUAUGCCCUAAAUUCCUCACUGUUUUAUCUUUUCUGUUCUGUGUUUUGAUUUAUUAAUUGUAUUUUUUUCUUUUUGUUAACAGAAUGGCAAAUCAUCAGGUAAGAUCAUGUCUUCGUUUUACGUUUGUUAAAACCUAACGCAUUAAUUAUUCGAGGUAACUUGUUGGAGGAUUCGGGAAAUGUCGAGAUUUUCUUACUAAAUUUUUAAACUGUAGGCGAAAAAGGUGGAAAAGAAGGACUUAAAAAAGACAGCAAAGGAGACGAAGACGAAACAGCCUCAGUAACGAGCUAUGAGUCAUCAAUGGUAAGAAAACAGAAGAUUUAGCUCUAGAAAUGUAAGCGUUUGAUAACUUAAUGUUUCCCCUCCCCCUCAGCUUGUUUUAUUCAGCACUUGUUUAGUUUGCGGAAUUUUUUCCCCAACAGACCUUGGUCUCAUUGGUUGCUUCGAGGUCACAUGACAUCUAUUAAUAGAACUGUUUCCCGCCAAAAAGAGCGGGAAACUUUGCAAAAUCUAUGAUCAUGACGUCAGAGGGUAACAGUGCACUGUUACUGGCGUGAGCCGACCGCUAGCUGAGAUUUACUUGUACAAGUUUGUAGACAUAACAGAUCACUUAAUGACUCGUCCCUUAGGAAAUUAGUUUGAGAUUGAAUGGAAACAUAAUUUACUAAUUUCUCUCGGAACCAGUUAUAAAUUGUUUAUUGUUUGAUCGGUGGGGAUUGUCCUUGUAUCUUGAUCGCAGAUGGAGGCCAAGUUACGCACUUAAGACGGGAAUGAGAUUUUAACUUCUGGUUUUAUGUUUUUCUUAGGUCGGGCGUCGUCUUCGUAUCAGACGAACGUUUAAAACAGCGGAUGGAAAGGAGUUUGUUCGUAUUGAAGUCGUCAAGAACCAAGCUGUUAUUGAUGCGUACCUCAAGUUGAACAAAGACAAGAGUGUCAAGUACCUUAUCAUCUCAUUUUUUCAGUGCAUUUGUGUACGUUGUGGCAAAAUCGUGAUGGAAUCUUACCUUCAUUCGUUCUGUUUCUCUUAGAGCUCAGUUUGCGAGCGUUGAUGAAAUUCACAAGGAGGAAAUCAGAAGAGAAAAGAGAAGGUAGAGCAAAUGAUUCCUCAAGUUCAUGCAAGAUCACGCUGUCGAAAUUGUUGUAGUUACAGUAGGUAAUUUUCAACACAACGCUGCGCGCUAAAAAUAUGCAAGCCGUGUCACAACACGGGGACGAUUUAUAACGCAACAAUCAGUUUACUGUAGCAAGUUGCUUUUAUACCAGUGAAGCAGAUAUUUAUAAACUCGCAACAUGUUGCGACUCGAUAAUUCAGGGCCCAAUUUUUGCUCAGCAAUCAAAAACGCAAUUUUGAUCAAUAUUAGAAAGCAAAUGGUACAACGUAUUGCUGAAGAGGUUUCAUUUGAAUGGUCACACCGUAGGAUUUUUCCCACAGACUCAGGAGUUAGAACAACAAACCCGACCCUUUAAUGACUGUUUAUUGUUAUAAUUGUUUUUGUUAUAAAACCUAUUCAGAAUUCAAGAGCAGCUACGACGGAUUAAACGUAAUCAAGAAAAAGAAAAAUCACAGCCGGUAAAGAAGAAGAAAGAAAAACCACCCAACAAUGUAAGUUUGCACAAAACAUGUAAAAUGCUGAGCACUGUUUAAAAAACGAGCAGGACUGUAUUAUCAGGUUUUAAAACUCGAGUUAAAGCCGAGAGUUUUUACAUCUGAUAACACACGACUGCGAGUUUUAUGAACGACUUCAAAAUCUCUGACAUAGAUCAACUCAUUCUUGCACUAAUAUUUGGAUUUUGGGUUAUUUGGUCUAAAAAAAAAUUGGACGUUAAGCCUAGCGGUGUCUUUAUCAGAUAGAAAGACACUCAUUAAACAAAAACUUUUUUUGUUUUUCUUUAUGAAUUAUUAAUGAGUUUUUGAAAGGUGCUUCGAUAUCUCUACCUCAGUAAGAUUGUGCUUAAACUUUUGAUAAUAAUGUAGUAUCUAUAAAUCGUAAUACCUGAUAAUGAUGUAAAAUUCAGUUUUUUAUUUCGAGGAGACCAAAAGCUGCCAUUUAUUUCCGUUCUGCUCCAAAGAAGGUUCCUCUUUUACUCAUAGCUUCUGAUGCCGCGGCAUCCUUCUAGAAUAAUCUUUUCUCUUGAUUAAUCUUACUUUGCACAGUUAAAAUGCGGGGCGUGUGGAGCGAUCGGUCACAUGAGAACGAAUAAAAACUGUCCAAACUACCAAGAAGCUAACCCUGGAUCUGUAGCAGUCGCCAUGACGGACGAACAGGUCGCUGAAGAAGAACUCAACAUGCCUCAAGAUGAUUUAGUGAAAGUUGAAGGAACAAAGAUUACUCUCGGAAAGGCAUUCUUGGAUCAGUAAGUUAUACUCGAUCACUGUAACUUUUCCAUUUUAAAACAUGGUAUUUGUAAUAUUGCUAAGGAUUAAAUCCCAAAAAAUUCCGAGGAUGCCUGUAUACCGAGCUAGGACUCGACGCAGGACUCGACAAUUUUUCGCUUUCCAGCCAUUUUCACCUCCUGCAAGUCACAUGACCAUUAAGAAAGGGUUUUCUUGGCAAUCAUGGAAGGUAAGCUCGCUGUUAGGGUUAGGUUAGGGUUAGAGGUUAGAGGUUCGGGUUGGACUUAGGGUUAGGGUUAGGAGUCCUGGCUCGAGUCCUGGCUUUUAUGUUAGUUUAUCUCAAAAUUUCCAAGUAAUUAAUUAAGUUGGCCCAUCCUGGAAGCCCAAACUCUCCUCUCCUCCCUCCCCUCCCCUCCCCCGACGUUUACCAUGUCACCACCCGUUGUCUGGUCUCACACAAAUCUGUUGGAGGGUAGAGUUCGGUUGUCGAACGGUAGGGUUUUGUUUUUCCGAUGGAUAACUUUUUAAGUUGUUAUAAGCUGAUGUCAGAGCCACGUGCCUACGAAGAGUAGCAGUCGGAAAAUUCACCUUGAAUGUGUGACUUUUUUUCAGAACGAACGAGUUAAAACGGAAAUCACUUGUGCUGCGCUUUCCAAAGGAAUCUGGUGAGAAAGCAAUUUAACUGCUUUCUUUUUGGCGGUUGAAUUUUACUCAUGAAGUAUAAACUAUGGAUUUAUGAAAAUACUUAUUCACUUUCUUUUAAUUUACGUUCUUAGUUCGAAAAAAGAGGCGCUCAGGAGUAAUGCAUUGUGAUUACUUAAAGGUAAUAUUCUCGGUAUUUUCAGCAUAAAUAUAUAAAUGUACUGAACUGCCCCACCAGAGUUUUUCCGUGCGGGCCUUAAAGUUUCUCGUGGCAUGUUUUAACAAUCUUUUUUUUUUCUAUAUGCAUAGAAACCUCGCAAAUCUAUCAACCGUCGUAGAGCCAAUCCUGAGGUAAGUUUUGCUCUGACAGCAUGUUGGCCGAAAACCGCUAACCCUUUUUAAAACGUUCUUCUUCGCCUGAAGCAAAUUAUAUUUUUUUAUUAGAUUGUCUGUGGCAAGACCCUAAAUAGUUCUGAGCAGCUUGUAUGUCGAAAAAUGACAAUAUGUCGGACGUAACCGAGAAGGCAUUUCGUCUCCCUUCCCUCCUGCGAUCGGACGACCAUUUGACUUUUGAGGGGAAGGGGAUGGUCAUUUAAGAUUUAAAAAAUCUAUCAAACAGGAACGGAAACAGAAUUCUCACGUGGAGCUAUUGGUUCUACAUUUACGCCGAAUUGUUAUGAAUAUAUUCGAUCAUGUAGUAAGCCAAUAGAAACUUCUUAACCGAAAACAUCCUCCCUGGAAAAGUUUGAACUUGUUUACCAUCAAGUUUGUUGCGUUUAUCUUUCAGGUGGCCUUACAAGCCUUGUUUGAGGGAAUUCUUAAUAAAAUGAAAGAAGUUGACGAUGUAAGCCAAUUUAUCUUACAUCUUGUCAUUUAAUUAAGAUGUUGGAGAUAAGCUAAGAAGUCUGAUGAAAGUAUAAAUUGUUUAGAAGGAUUAAGGACAGCAGUAACACUUCUGUAAGGUUUAUGUUGUAGUUAAUUUUUUUAUCUCAGGUAAUUUUUGUUUUUCUUUUGUUUGUGGGUAAGGUAAUGUUGAGAAAAAUAAAAAUUACCUGAGAAAAAAAAUUAACUACAACAUUUAUGUUUGAAAAUUUCGGUUUACAGACGUGGCCAUUCCACCAGCCUGUUUCAAUAAAAACUGUUCCGGAUUAUCACAAAAUUGUUAAAAUUCCAAUGGAUCUACAAACCAUGCGAGAGGUGCGUAUAAAAGCAUAUUGUUUUUAUUAAUUUAUAACUGUUCACCAUUUGCAAAAAGUUUCUGGAAAAUCCGAUAAAUCCGUUAGGUUUGGGGAAAUAAAAUCAAAACGAACUACCUCUCUUGAGUUUGCUCUAAUUUUCUAUUUACUUUUUCCAGAACCUUCGGAAAUGUAAGUACCUGUCAAGGGAAGAGUUUUUUGAACACGCAACCUUGAUAGUCUCAAACAGCGUUUUGUACAACGGUGAGUUAAGUAUUGUAGAGCUUUUAGUGUAAGUUUUUAACACAGGGGUGGAUUCAAAAAAUUCAGAAAGGGGAAGGGGGCGGCCGCUUGCCACCUAUCCUCGGUCCCGCCGGUCCACCCCCUAAAUCCAAUGUGUGAUACUUGAUGAGAUUCAAUCAGUCAUGUAAGGCCUGGGUUGUUUUAUUUUCAGGACCCAACCAUGCAUACACCGCAACAGCGCAGAAAAUGGUGGAUGUCUGUAACAAGGCUUUGAGUGAGGUCAGUCACUGUGUAUUAGGAUGCUGCGAUAGUAUUAUUAUUGUUCAGUUGUUGUGACGGUAAAAGAAGGAAUUUGGUGUGACCGUCGCUCAUUUUUACCUCGAAAGUCCUCGCACCGUCAAAUUUUAUGACGUUAUGUUGUCUCUGUUGUUAAAACACAACAUUGUCUUGAAUGCAACUAUUUAGUCCCUCACAGAAACUGGAAAUGGCUGCGUGUUUGAAAUUACCCUGUAUCGAAGCACAACUGUUUGCAACAGAUGAUUGUAUAUUUCAAUAAAUGGAGACUACCGAGAUAAAAGGCAGCUGAAAAUCUAGAAAAUCUUUACUUAAGCGGGAAUACUUAAGCUGAAGAUUCGAAUUAGUUUAGCUCUGUUAACCGUUUUUGUUCUCUUUGCUUUUAAUUGAUUUAUAGUAUAGGUUAACUUUCUACAGAUGUAAUUCUCUUUUGUGCAUCUUUACAGAAAGAAGAAGAGAUAAUUCAGUUGGAAAAAGAGAUCAAUCCAUUACUGAGUGACGAUCCACAGGUAACUUCAAUUAUAAUUGACAUUCACUGCCUCAACAGAGAGUGAUUGUCCAACAGAACCUUCUGUCGAGGCGGCAAAGGAAUCAUAUUUUAGUCUUGGGUAUAGUUAUGGUUCAUAAAGUACGACCUUAUAGGUCUGAAAGCUUCAAAGCUACGGUAGUCUUUUUUGUAGCUUAUUGUUUCAUUGUCUUGCCUUUAUUUAAUUAAUUAAUUAAUUAUUUAUUUAUUUAUUUAUUUAUUUAUUUAUUUAUUUAUUUAUUUAUUAACUUAUUCAUCAUUCAACUUGCCAGAUUGCGUUCUCUUUCAUCCUGGAAAAUCUUGUCGCGCAGGUGAAGGCUUUACCAGAGGUAAGCAGUCUUUGAAAUAAGAAAUAAGAUUUCGUUAGAUGAGGCAAGUCAAACACGAAAGAGAGUGUUUCCGCAGGAUAUCAAAACAACAAGAACUAGGUUGGGAGAACAAAGCCAGGUUGACGUUUGUUUUCAUUCAACUUGGAAUUGCAGGAUACUCUCUCGACGGAUUCAAGUGAUUGAGAUUGCUUUUUAAAACCUACGUCGUUGUUCCCAGAGUGGGGUCUGAGUACUAGAUUGUCUCAAAUUUUAAUGUCAAUAAUUUCCCUUCUUCUUUCUAUGAGUUCUCUCCAGUUGAAGAUGUUGUGAUAUUUUAUCCCUGACAUCAAACAAGAGAGAACUUGAAGGAACCGGGGACAAAACUGAGAGAAAAAACAAUUUGUCUCCUGGUUAAAGUCAUGAAUCCAAUUGCAAAUUAAUUGCCUUGUGUUUAUUUAUGUUGUAACCUGUCGUUUUAAUUUCGCAGAGUUGGCCUUUCCAAAAGCCAGUGUCGUCCAAGCAAGUUCCUGAUUAUUAUGAUGUAGUUAAGACACCAAUCGACCUUUCUACCAUAAGACAGGUAAUCACCGACAAGAGCCCAGCUUCUUUACCAAGCCACUCUUUGUUCCAGUGGCAGGAUUAGCUCACCGUGGCAGGAUUAGCUCAGUCGGUAGAGCGUUUGACUGCAGAGCGGGAGGUCGCGGGUUCGAUUCCCGGGGCCGGACCAAUACUCAGGGUCUUAAAAUAACUGAGAAGUGAAGGUGCUGCCUUUGCCCUGCAAGCGGCUAGACCUUCGCGUGGCUCGGAUAACCACGUAAAAUGGCGGUCCCGUCUCCAUUAGGAGGCGUAAAAAUAGUGUCCCCAAUUAGCACUUUCGUGCUAAAUACAUUGACACUCAAAUAAAAAGUGCAUUUUUUUUUCUUUUUUUACCUAUUGUUCUGCCGAGCGUCGUAUGUCGGUUUGUUGUCGGUUCUCGUCUUUGCACCGAGGGUGUUUCCCCGGUAGUUGGGACUUUCCUCCUUCCUAAAAAACUCUAACAUUUCUGAGUUUCCAUUUGAUCUGGAAUCCUGAGCCGAGCGCAUUGUCAGUGUCUUUUUUUGUUUCAAGUGUGUAACAACCUUUAACCAUAGUCACUAACUGAAGAUACCGAUGUCCAACAAAGCAGAAGUGGUCAACCCUGAGGAACACCUUGGUCAAUUAUGGAAACAUGAAUUGUGUUCUAACUUCGGAGUCUGUAGGCGAAGUUAUGGAGCAAUUAAUGCAACCUGUUGGGUCAUCCCGUCCCGCAGCAGUUAUUGCUUUGCAAUAUUUUACAGAAUCACUAACCUGCAGAACAGGCCUUUUUUGGGUUUAUCAGGCGAGAAGGCCAGCGCUCUCACUCCACGCAUGCUUCGUACCUCGCUCGCCGGAAGAACGGGAAAAAAAUAGCGCUUCUUCUGUAGACUACAGAAUCAUAGGAUGAGAUUCUUUCUUCUUUCUUUUUCUUUUAACUUGUACACUUACAAUCUUCGCUCUUCUUGCAUUAAUUGAUUUUUGUUUUGCGUCUUAACGCAGCAAGUGCAAGGCCACGCCUACCAAAACAGAGACGAAUUUAUGGAACACGUACGAAUGAUGCAUCGGAACAGUGUCCUCUAUAACGGUAUGUUAAAGUCCUGGAGGAUUUUUUUCUUAGAUUUACUAUGGGGGUGUUCCACUGAGUCCUUUAGACUCUGGGAUUAUUCCAGACAAAAUUAGAUGAAGCUGCGAUCAUUUUCUCGACNUGUUGUCGGUUCUCGUCUUUGCACCGAGGGUGUUUCCCCGGUAGUUGGGACUUUCCUCCUUCCUAAAAAACUCUAACAUUUCUGAGUUUCCAUUUGAUCUGGAAUCCUGAGCCGAGCGCAUUGUCAGUGUCAUUUUUUGUUUCAAGUGUGGAACAACAUUUAACCACAGUCACCAGCUGAAGAUGCAGAUGUCCACCACAGCAGAAGUGGUCAACCCUGAGGAACACCUUGGCCAAUUAUGGAAACAUGAAUUGUGUUCUAACUUCGGAGUCUGUAGGCGAAGUUAUGGAGCAAUUAAUGCAACCUGUUAGGUCAUCCCUUCCCGCAGCAGUUAUUGCUUUGCAAUAUUUUACAGAAUCACUAACCUGCAGAACAGGCCUUUUUCGGGUUUAUCAGGCGAGAAAAGGGCAGCGCGAAAUUGUCUGUCACUCCACGCAUGCUUCGUACCUCGCUCGCCGGAAGAACGGGAAAAAAUAGCGCUUGUUCUGUAGGCUACAGAAUCAUAGAAUGAGAUUCUUUCUUCUUUCUUUUUCUUUUAACUUGUACACUUACAAUCUUCUCUCUUCUUGCAUUAAUUGAUUUUUGUUUUGCGUCUUAACCCAGCAAGUGCAAGGCCACGCCUACCAAAACAGAGACGAAUUUAUGGAACACGUACGAAUGAUGCAUCGGAACAGUGUCCUCUAUAACGGUAUGUUAAAGUCCCGGAGGAUUUUUUUCUUAGAUUUACUAUGGGGGUGUUCCACUGAGUCCUUUAGACUCUGGGAUUAUUCCAGACAAAAUUAGAUGAAUCUGCGGUCAUUUUCUCGACAAUACUUGUAAAAAAAGGAAUGCUUUGAAGGCGGAGUUUUUAACUUUUGGGACGUUUGGGAGAAAAAGAAAAUUAGCCUAUCAAUGUGACUCGAGAUUUUGCGUGUCGAAGUUUCUUUGCUCUAGUUUGUGAGGAAAACCAGUUUGUAUAGGCUUACUUUUAUUGCAUUUCACCCUGUUGAUCCUUGGUUUACUAUUUUACAGGUGAAAAUCAUGACUUUUCCAAGAUGGCCGAAAAACUGGUCCACUUUUGUGAGGAUGUCCUUAAGGAGGUAAACAUUAGACACCGAAUAAAAAAUAAUGAAGUGUGCUCUUGUGCGUCAGUGAAAAUAUGAAUGCAUCUCAUUCUGGCAAUUUCUGUAUUUUUUAAUCUUUGUUUUGGUUUUACAAUUUUUCUACUGGUCAGAUCCGUCGAAUAGCCUUCUAGGUUUAAGAAACACCAAAAUAGGCGAUUAAAUUGGUGAUAAAAAAGAAGAAAAGGAAUUUUCCUUAAAACGGUGUAUACAAGGCGUGGAUGCCGCCUGGGUCAGAUUGUUUGGGUGGAUCGACAAAUCAUAACUAACGCCUGUCUACCCCAAUGAUUGCAGAAAUCUUUGUACCGAAAGCUUUUGCCCACUUUGCCUAUAGUCUAUGGAGUGGCGAAUACUAUCUAUCCCAUUUGUUCACAAACUUCCUGACCCGCCAAAAUGCAGAUUUGUGGUAUGCGCAUGAUACUGGAACUCGGUAAUUGCUAAAACUCAAUACGCUUUCUCUACCCUUAACAGAAUGACGAACAGUUAAGCAAGUGGGAAAAUGAAAUUCUGCUAACUCCAGGAGACGACACGUCAUCAUAUGCUGCCAGUCAGCCGCCGUCGGUCGCAGGCCCAGAGUGGUCACAAGAAAAUAGUAUGGACGACUUCCCAGAAGGCUACAUGAAAGAAGAAGACAGCCUGAUGGACGUGGAGGAACUGGACACCACUGGCGAGGAAUACCGGGAUUUCAGGGCAGACUUGAGCACUCCUGUCUCGGCGAUGGAUCAAUGUAAGACAUAAUACCCCCGUCAGUGGUUUCCCCCAAGGAAUAUCGGGCUUACCCCAGGGGUUUUACUGAAAACGUUCUCCUCUGGGAUGGAAAUCACUUUUAUGUGAUUUUUACGUGAAUUUGAGUUGCGUUUCAUUGUUUUCUCCGAUUAAUCUUUUACCCAAAUUUUCGAGGUCACUAGUCAGACCCUGUAGUUAUGCCCGAUCCCCCUCCCCUUUCACACGAUGCUGAGGAAAAUGAGUGACAACUGCAUGAUAAUGGCAAGUUUUGCGCGUGUUUUUAUCGUGUUGGCGCUCCCUUACGUGGGUGAGCAAAAUCAACAUUCUUCUUUAAAAUGUAAAAUAUAUUUUUGCAACUGAAUGUAGCAAAAACCUUUGAAAACACCACAUCCUGUAAAGAAACUAAGCUCUUAAUUUUUGUUGUUCAUUUUAUUCUCUCUAGCUUCUCGCCUAGAUGCCGAUUUCGAAGAAGAGGAAGUCGACAUCGAAGGCUACGACGAUGAAGAGAGUACUUCUCGAAGCUACAGUAAACACGAAAGUCUUGGAUCGCAGCCACAACCUGAAAGCGAGCAAGACUCUCAGGAUGUAAGUCAGUUCGAGAGCAUUUUACUACAAGAUCUCGAGCACAGUGAAAGCGAGAGUGAUGAAGAAGAUGAUUUUCCGUUCGGCGAUGGAGAUGAUGAAGAAGAAGAGGAUGUUGAAGAGGAGGAAGAACAGGAGAAUUUUUCUCUAGCGGCUGGAGAAAGAAACGAGUCCAUGAACACAACAGAAGAUAUGUCUGGAGACGAGAUAUGA